CGCUUCACAGAACUAUCCCAUCCUAUGAAGAACAUACAGGAACAGUGCUGGCAGCUUUUCAUCACAACAUCAGCACAGAUCUCUCCCCCAUAGAGCAUCAUGGCAUACGAUGAUCACAUAAACUCGUGUGUGAAGCUUCUGCUACUGUUGGUUGUGUUGUGCGCGGUGCGCGCUUCCGCUGACAGGACCAAAACACUCGACUUCGAUGUCAAACCUGGGGGAGUUGUGCAGACUUUCUCAGCUAAACUGAAAAAGUAUAAAUGCACCUUCACAUAUGCGUCUCAAGGAGGAACCAACGAGCAAUGGCAAAUGAGCGUCGGACUGAGUGACGACGAGCAGAUGUUCUCCUGUUCAGUGUGGAGGCCUCAAGGAAAGUCCUACUUGUUUUUUACCCAGUUCAAAGCCGAGAUAAAAGGAGCGAAGAUUGAGUACGCCACCGCAUAUUCCCAGACGGCCGUGGGUGGACAGAGGGAUGUUGCUUUGAAGGAAGAAGAGUACAUUGUGUCAGAGUCUGCAGUGACCCACAGAGACGGGAAGUUUCGUUCCGAGCUUUCCAAGCUCCUCGUCAUUGCUCGGACACGCCACGAUGAGCUCUGAUUGGCCGAUCCGAAAGAGGAUUGUCCUAUUGCGCGAGGACAUUGGUUAUUUGACGGCUAUGGACACUUAACUGUUCACUAUAUCAAGACACAGGAACUUCCUGUGACGGGAAAUACUACAGAUUUUCUAUAGAGGCAGCGUUACGCCAAUGGCCAUGAACUGGACUGA